UGCAGUGCAGUAGAACGUGCAGGUGAGGGGAGGAGGAGAAUGCGGGACUUUUUCCUCAAACACUUCACACACAUCCACUACGGACUCCGGAGGAAUUACUAAAGGCUUUUGUUGCUACUUCUCUAUCCUGCUCACCAUCUUUCCAUAAGUGGCUAAUUUACGUGCUCCGAGAAGUCGAAUUGAAAAGCUUUCUCUUUGUCAAGUUCACCGUAAAGGAAUCUGUAAGAGCUUGGCACGAGCGCGUAAGACUGCGGUGAAAGCUUUCCAGUUUUCCUCUUGCUGUGUUUUAAGGUAAGAGAACAAAUAAUAUCGGGAAAGACUUUAUCAAAAGCACGUUGGCUUAUUCCCAGCCAGUAGCGCAAGCUCUGGGAUGCGAAUGUGAGAGCUGAAUUCACAGACAGAUCGCUUUUGUGUUCUACUGCAUUGCAGUUUAAAACAGUGAAAGCGCGAGAGGAGCCCGCGCUCCGCAGCAUCUCAAUGAGCCGGACAAAGUCAUUUAAACUGCUCAAAUCUGACUCCCGUUUACUCCUAAAAGGCACAAAGAAACAUUCUUGUCCGUAAAAGAGCUGUGAAGACUUAUCGCCGAUGCCGAGCUCCUCACAAAGUGGAUGUUUUAUUUUAUCGUGUUGAAAACGUGACCGGGUAACUAAAAGACUGUUGGAGAAAAAAAAAGAUUUUGCCGAAGGAAGCGUUUAUAGAGAUUAAUCGUUGACGAGUCUGUCUUGGAUCAGAGGAAGCUGCAGAUAGAGAGUGAAAGAGAGAGAGAGAAAGAGAAAGAGAGAGAGUCAUGGGGAGCAGGAGCGUUGGCGCAGUGCACUCCGCGCGCUGCUACCUCGUGCUUAUCCUGCAGCUGCUGACUCAGCUCCCGCGCGCCAAUUCAGUGCUGCGCUACCGCGUGGCGGAAGAGGGGCAGGCCGAUGUGCACAUCGGGAACGUGGCUUCAGACCUGGGGCUGUCCACCUCUGGGAUUGGGACUGGUGAUGUCACGUUCGCUUUGGAAUCUGGCUCUGAAUACUUCAAAAUUGACAACGUCACUGGAGAGCUUACUACAGGCAGCAAGAGGAUUGACAGAGAGAAGCUGCCGCAGUGUCAGAUGAUAUUUGACGAGAACGAGUGCUUUUUGAACUUUGAAGUGUCAGUCAUAGGUCCCCUGCAGAGUUGGGUGGAUCUGUUUGAUGGCCGUAUUGUAGUCACAGACAUUAAUGACAACACUCCCUCUUUCCCUUCACCAGUACUCACACUAUCUGUUGAGGAGAAUCGCCCAAUCGGCACUCUCUAUCUCCUUCCCACAGCCACAGACCGUGAUUUUGGCCGCAAUGGCAUUGAUCGCUAUGAGCUUAUCCAGGACAGUAGAGAUGGGGGGUUAUCUUCACGGCGACCUGCGAACGGACCGACAAAUGGGAAUGGUGGGGACCGAAGGAGAGUGUCAGAAACAGGGACAGGUCCUGCCAGCAGGAGCAGUGUGUUUGAACUACAAGUGGCCGACACACCUGAAGGACAGAAACAGCCUCAGCUGAUCGUGAAAGGGCCUCUGGACCGCGAAGCACAGGAUUCUUAUGAACUGGUGCUACGGGUUCGUGAUGGCAGCAACCCGCCCCGCUCCUCACAAGCUCUGUUGCGCGUGUCCAUCACAGACGUCAAUGACAACAGUCCACGUUUUGAAAGAGCCGUGUAUGAAGCAGAAAUGGCAGAAAAUGCCCCACCUGGCACACCUGUCCUGCAGGUGCGGGCCACAGACCGUGACAUCGGCGUGAAUGGGCAGGUUGAGUAUGUGUUUGGAGCCGCGACGGAAUCAGUGCGGCGCCUCCUGAGGUUGGAUGAAGCAUCAGGUUGGCUGAGCGUUCUGCAUCGUAUAGACCGCGAGGAAGUUUCACAGCUACGCUUCACUAUCACAGCCCGUGACCGUGGCCAACCACCUCGUACUGACCGCACUACAGUUGUUCUCAACGUCAGGGAUGAAAAUGACAAUGUACCAAUAGUAGAAAUUCGAAAAAUUGGACGAAUCCUUGUUCGCGAUGGUGCUGCAAUGGUUCCGGAGAACGUGCUGGUGGACACUCCAGUAGCAUUAGUGCAGGUGUCAGACCGCGACCAGGGAGAGAAUGGUGCGGUUACCUGCACUGUGGUUGGAGAUGUACCAUUCACACUGAAACCAGCGGGUGAGACAGCCCUAGCACCUCCACCAGCCACAGAUGAUGCCUUUGAACGAAACAAAAAGAAAUACUUUCUCCACACCUCAGCACUUUUGGAUUAUGAAGCUACUCGUGAGUAUAGUGUCACUAUUGUGGCAGUGGACUCCGGUAGCCCAAGCCUCUCGAGUAAUAGUUCCCUUAUGGUGCGUGUGGUGGACAUAAAUGACCAUGCUCCCACUUUUGCCCAAAGCUUAGUCGAAGUGCAUUUUGCAGAGAAUAAUGCCCCAGGAGAACGAGUGGUCACUGUAGUGGCGUCUGAUGCAGACAGUGGCAAGAAUGCAGAGAUCGCAUACUCACUGGACCCGUCUGUUAAUGGAGCUUUUUACAUUGAUGCCGAUAACGGUGAUAUUCGUGCCACUGGGGCACUAGAUAGAGAGCAGAGGGAACGCUAUGAAUUUCGUGUGAUAGCUCGAGAUAAAGGCACACCAUCUCUGCAGGGCUCUGCUACUGUCGUAGUCCAGGUUACGGACAGGAACGACAAUGCCCCCAAAUUUGUCCAGGAAGUCUUCACAUUCUAUGUCAAAGAGAACCUUCUCACCAAUAGCCCUGUUGGCAUGGUGACUGUUACCGAUGCAGAUGAAGGUGAGAAUGCAGAGUUGAGUCUUUUUGUUGAGCAUGAUGAAGAGGAUAGUGGAGAAGAGGGCAAGGAGGGAAAGCAAGAAGUUUUCUCCAUUGAAAAUAACACUGGAACCAUUUUUUCCUCUGCAUCCUUUGACCGCGAACGACGUAGCGCAUACUCAUUCCGCGUGCGUGCCGUUGAUGGUGGAGAACCGCCACGGUCUGCCACCGCCACCAUCUCCCUGUUUGUCACUGAUGAAAAUGACAACGUGCCAUCCAUCACAUCACCCGCUAAUGAAUCAUACACCCUCCUGCCACCCGCUAGCGGGGCUCGGACUGUAGUCCGCACAGUCACAGCCUCCGAUGGCGACACAGGGUCUAAUGCCGAUCUCCGCUACGCUCUGGUAGGCGGAAACCCUUUUCGUCUGUUUGAGAUUGGCUCUAGUAGUGGGGUCAUAACCUUGGCAGAGCCCCUAGAGAGAAGACACAGGGGUCUGCACCGCUUGGUGGUCUGGGUCAAUGACAGUGGCACGCCUUCCCUUUGUGCCACAGCACUGGUGCAUGUCUUCAUCAAUGAGAGCUUGGCCAAUGCUACGCUGGUGGAUACACAGGUGGCCCGCAGCCUUGCAGUCCCCCUCUAUAUGGAUAUUGCAGGUGACCCAGACAGUGAGAGAGCUUUGGGUAAACAACGCCUGAGCGUUGCCAUCGGUGUCCUGGCUGGUGCUGCCGCCGUUAUUCUGGUGAUCCUUCUGGUUGUGACAGCUCGACAGUGUGGGGCACAAGGUAAGAACGGCUAUGAGGCUGGGAAGAAGGAGCCAGAAGAGGACUUUUUCAGUCCACAGCCUCCCCCUCUACAAGCCCAGGGCUCCCAAAAUGAACGUGGGCGCAAACCACGUAGAGACAAGCGUAAUAAUGGUACUGCCAAAUCUGAGCGUUCUUUAUACAGUGGAAUUAUGACAGUGAAUGGUUGCAGACGUGGGGGAGGUGAUGAAGAAGAGGAGGAUGAAGAGGCCAGCAGUGCCAGCGAGAGGAUUGCAGCACGUUAUUGUGCAGCAGCUAACGGAGACACCAGCAGUCCAAGACUUGGCUCGAGACAUCACCAGUCAAGCCCAGAUCUGGCCCGCCACUACAAGUCCAGCUCACCUUUGCCUGCAGUGCACCUUCAGCCCAACUCACCACCCGUGGAAGGCAAGAAGCACCAGGCUGUGCAGGAACUGCCCCCCACUAACACCUUCACUGGCAACGGCAACGGUAAUGCAGACGCCAUGUCACUCAGCUCAGACCAAUGCUCCGAUUACGGCUGCCAAACUGUCAAGUACAGCAAACAGCCCCUCAGAAGAGUGACAUUUUCUGUGGUGAGUCAGACACCUGAUCAAUGCUGCUAUGAUAGUGGAGUGGUGGACUCUGAGACCCCCAGCAGCAAGAGCUCCUCUGGACCCAGACUGGGAUCUUUACCGCUGCCUGAGGACGGAUAUGAAAGGACGACACCAGAAGGGAGCGUAGGCGAGGAGGAGCAUGUGGAAAAUGACCCCAGGCAGCUCCCUGACGUGGCUCUGACAGGAAAGUGCACACAAGAGUGUGAUGAGUUUGGUCACUCUGACACCUGCUGGAUGCCCGUGCAACUAUCACCACGGAGACGCAUGGAACCACCCCAACUCUCCACCUUCGCCUUGCCCGGCGAUAACAACAACAACACGGAAGACGACAGCGACCGAGAGGAAGACGGAGACGGAGGUACGGAUAAGAGCAGCGGAGGAAGCGAGGAGGUCCGGGAUUCGCUUGCAAACGGAGAUCCGCUCGGAACGCUCAGCCGUCGGGACCGGAACAGGAACAUGGGCGAUCACAACCGUAAUCUCCUGAACCGGAAAAUGACCUCGGCAUCCUACGACACAUUCAGCAGCGCCGGCUUUGGCCGCCGUCCGGAUGAAGAAGACUCACACCCCCCAGAGGUCAUUCCACUUACGAGGACGGGGGGCGACUAUAAGACCACCUCGUGCCUCACUCUGUCUCGCAGGGAAGUGUACCUGUGAGCUGCAGCCAGCCCUCAGAGCAACUGCACUGCACCGGAGCAGGAGGAUCAUUGAGAUACUAGCCUAUACCUGUUCAAAACAGGCGUCUUCUCCUUGCCAAAAAUUCAUCAUCAGUUCAUUACUCUAGAUGCAAUAUAUCAAAGUUGAGGAGAAAAAGUGAAGCAUCUUUUAUUCUUUCAUAAACUUGGAUAGACUUUGUCAAUGGCAAACACUUGCAUGUUAGGCCUCCCACAGACAGGGGGCGAUGUGGGGACUGAUGGACAAAAUCCAGUCACGGACCACAUAAAUGGAUGCUCGUUUCAUCUGAUCGUGGCACAUCAUGAAAAUAGAACCAUGUAGCUUCAGGAAAAAGGAAUUCCUAACCAAUCAUAGGGCGACAGCGUCAACUAAAUAUUUUAAUCUAACUAGUUUCCUGUCGCUGAGCCAGUAUGGUUAUUUAAUUACAGUCACAUGGUAAACACUAGACAUGUAAAUGCUUUCAUCACAGACUUUUAGAGAGAAAAAAAAAAGAAAAGAAAAAAAAAAAUCUGGUCAUUCAUUUUUAUA